AUGCCUGGUCUUGAACCUAAUGUCACGAUCAGCCCCUUUGAAGGCGUGUUACUCCAGGAAGUUCGGAUAAACAGAAAGCCUAUCGAUUUGCAAAAGGCCGUGCGUGGAUAUAUCCCGGAAGAGUGGAGGAAACAGCUCUCCAAGAUACGCCUCGACCAACCGAUCAAGGUCAACAAAAAGUCACGAAACACAACGCUCAACGAUGUGACAUUCCAAAGCUUUCCGGUCGUUUCAGGACUCAGCGACAACCAUGCUCGAGAAAUUGUGGACAUGCUGAGUUCAGUUGUUGCUAAAAUGCCCCAACGAGGAAUCAUCCUCUUCGACAUGGGAAUCCGCAAUAAAUCCAAGUUCUUCUUGCAAUCACAUUGCAAUGUAACAGUAAGAAGUAUUCGAAGAGAUAUAUUUGCUGAUAUGGUUGCCAACCUUCAUGAUUAUCGGUGGAAAGCCCUUUUGAUAUACUCCACCUUUCUGGAAUUCGAUGGCGCUAUCUGGGCGGACUCAUCCAUCCGAUUUAAGGACUCCCUAGAUCACCUUCAGUUGGUUCGUGACGGCGUUGGAUUCAUUCCAAUGGAGGUGAAACACUAUUCACCAGCUGGUGCAUUUACACAUGACGGGAUGCUGGAGGCUUUCGGUGUUAGCAGGAAGUCGGUAGCAAUGUCGCCCAUGACGAUGGGGGGAUCGAGUAUCUGGUUUAAGCAGGGCGGUGAUGUGGCUUCCACAGUGCUGAAACACUGGCUGGCCUGUUCGAUGACGACGGCGUGCAUAGCACCAGAAGGAGCCACGCUUGCUCACUGCAACAUAACUGAAAAGUGGUCGGGUCGCUAUAUCGGCUGUCAUCGCUUUGACCAAAGUGCCUUGAGCGUCAUCACGGAGAAGCUAUUUCCCAACGGGCUCUCGAAUGAGCGGUGCAUUCUACCGGCUGGUCAUCUGGUUGACGUCAGGCGAAGAAUAACUAGCAUGCACCCGGUUUGCAUGCGCAAUAACUCUUUGAGUCCAUAG